AUGUCAAACCAAGUAACUGUUAGGGCACUAUUUCAAGAAAGGACAUCUCAGGGAAACUAUCCACUUCCAGCAGCAAAGUCUGAGAAGAAAGUUGAAGGACAAUCAUCCACUGAUCCAGAAGAUAUAGACGACUAUUCUGCUGAGCAAAUGACAGUAAUCCAAGUUAAUGCUAAGACACGAAAUCUGUUAUAUAAUGCAAUCAGUGGAGAAGAGUAUGAGAAAAUCUCAAGCUGUGAUACAGCUAAGAAAAUGUGGGACAAACUAGAAGUUACCUAUGAAAGAACGAGCAAAGUGAAAGAAACAAGGAUAAAUCUAUUGGUUCAUGACUAUGAGCUCUUUCAGAUGAAAGAUGGUGAAUCCAUUGAAGAAAUGUAUGCACGAUUCAACAAAAUCAUAGGAGAUCUGAAAGCUUUUGGUAGACCAUACUCCAGUGGAGAACAAGUUCAAAAAAUUCUAAGAACUUUUGAGAAUAAUGAUGCAGAGGCACUGGAAGAAGAAAUUGCCAUGGUCCCGAGAAAUAUGAAUGGAUUGAUGAGAAGAUGCAAAAACAAAAAAAGGGGAAGAAUGUCAUCCAGAAGAACCAGACAAUUCAAUGAACAAGACAAAAAUAAUGGAAAAUAUUUUGAAUGUGGAAGCUAUGGCCAUGUUCAAGCUGAAUGCCCGAAACUCAAAAGGAAAGUCUCCAGAGGUUUCAAUAAGAGCAAAUCCUUCAGAAGCUGGAGCGAUGAAGACAACUCAGAACAUGAAGAAAUAUCAAAUUUAUGUUUCAUGACCAUUUUGGAAAAUGAUAUGAACAAAUACUCUAGUUGCUGGACCGAUGAAGAUGAUAUUCUUGAUCUUAGCCUAAAAGAGUCUCAAAGAAUGUUAAAUGAAUUAAAGAGACUCAAUAGGGAAAAGAAUGACUGGGAACUUAAACUUGAAGUAUGUGAAAUCGAAAGAGAUGUUCUUCAAGAGAAGUUCAGGAAUUGCAAUUGCAACUCAAUGGCAUGCACAAAUCCACCAGUAACAGUUCUGUCAGGUCUAACCAAGCGACCUGUAAGUCAACUGGCAAACGACUUGCUAGAAAUGAUACUACUAGUAAAGACACCACUAGUAGAUCCAGUGAAAAAUCCAUCACUUCACACGACGAAUGACAAAAAUCUAUUCAAAGAAGUCACCAAAAUCAAUAGAGAAAAUGUCAAGUUUGGUGAUGACUCAAAAGGCAAAAUUGUUGGUACCAGAUCAGUCCUGUUUAAUAAUAACUGUGACAUUACUGAAUUUUAUCUUGUAGACGGACUACAUUAUAAUUUGCUAAGCAUCAGUCAACUAUGCGACUCUGGAUAUGAAGUGAAUUUCAAGAAAACUGAUUGUGCUAUUGAAGAUGAAUCAGGUAAAAUCAUUCUUCCAGGAAAAAGAACUGCCAGUAUAAGAGGAAAAAUUUAUGCUUUCGUUGUUGUUGAUGAUUACUCACGUUUUACAUGGGUAAUAUUUUUGGCUCACAAAGAUGAAGCUCUAAAGAACUUUGAGAUCUUCUGCAAAAAGAUAGAAAGAGAAGAUGAGUACCUUUUCUCAAUUAUUCAAAGUGAUCAUGGAGGAGAAUUUGAAAGCAGAUCAUUUGAAGAAUUCUGCAAUGAACAAGGAUAUACUCAUAAGCACCAAUAUCACCACAGCAAAAUGGGGUAG